AGAGCUUGUAGUUUUAUAUAGAGAGGUGUGAGGAACAUGGCUCCGGAGGUGAUGGUUUUAAGAGAUCAAAAUAUCAAAUGGUUUGAGGUUUUGGGGAAAAUUGGGGUCACAGCUGCAGCUCACCCAUUUGACUAUGUCAAAAUAUUAAUUCAGAUUGGUCAUGAACCUCUUCCUCCUUAUCCUUCACACACACUAUUUGGAAAACGUGCACUUGCUUUACCAGGAGCUAUAAGAUAUAUAAAAUAUGUGUCCAAAGUGGAUGGAGUAUGGGGACUUUAUCGUGGGUUAGGACCUAGAAUAUGUGGAAAUUUGGUCAAUGGCAUUAUUUAUACCACAAUAUCUCAGAGAUUACCUGAAUUCACUACUGUGAAUUCUUCAGAUGAAGCUGAGGAAGAACUGACUGAGGAGCAGAAAAUCCUUUUACAUGUUCGCCACACUAUUAAUGAAAUGGUGGCAAGAUGUGUAGCAAUUGUCAUUAGUCAACCAUUUCAAGUCAUCACUGUGAGAACCAUGGCACAAUUUGUAGGAAGGGAAGAGAAAUACACGGGGAUUUUUUCAUCUUUACGAGAACUUUAUAAAGAAGAUGGAAUUUUGGGAUUUUUCUCUGGCCUUAUUCCACGACUUAUUGGAGAAAUUGUAACUUUAUGGCUUGCAUCAUCUGUUACAUUUGUCAUCAAUACUUACUUGGUAGAAGAUAAGACAGUUCGCACUUACAUUAGAGCUUCUAUUCUGUACCUGUCUACUGCUGUUGCAUACCCUUUUAGCCUGGUUAGCAAUGUCAUGGCUGUCAACAACUGUGGACUUGCUGCAGGAAUGCCACCAAAUAUGCCAAUCUAUGCCAGUUGGACUGACUGCUGGUCUCAUCUUAAGGCUAUUAGUCAACUUAAGAGGGGAUCCAGCAUUUUGUGGCGAUAUUACAGUGGACCAUAUAUAAUAGAUGAGAAAGGCAGGCCUGCAUAUGCAAGUAGAGCACAGUUCAAUCGACCAAAAUCAUCAUAAUCUGAGCUAGAAGACAGAAAAAAUGGCCUAUGUCAUCAGUGGUGCCAUCUCUGGAUUGGAAAUAAGGAAGCCUAAUUUAUCAUUAAUUUGUUUUAAUAUCUUGUAAAGUUUGGGUUUAAAGGCCUGAAUUGGUAGCAUUAUGGUGUUUGUUUAUAGUCUGAAGUAAGUCGUUCGGCUAGGAAAACUAUUAGAGACAAUAAAAAAACUUGUUUUAUUGCAACAUAUGAGCUUGUAAGUAUGUUAAAGCUGUUGUAAUUAAUUUUAAUAAGCAAAUAACAAUGACUACCUAGUCUUUACAUUUAAAUGCAGGUGUUGACUAGAACUGGUGAUUUCCAUGUAUUUGUUUAAUUCUGUAACAAGAAAACAUGUUAUUUUACACAAAACUGUGGGUGUGUGUUUAAAUCAAUAGUACUACAGAGACAGCUUGAUGUUUUAUAUAACAGCUGAAGGUUGUGAGAUUGAAAUACAGUAAAUCGCAGGUAUAAGAUUUAGGAUUCUCUAUAAAUAAAAACUGUAUUUCAAUAAAGAA